AUGCCCGGAAGACUGGAAGGAAAGAACAUCGUCAUCACCGGUGCCGCUGGUGGCAUUGGUCUUGAAGCCUCCAUUCUCAUGCUGAGGGAGGGAGCUUCGAUUCUCAUGACCGACAUCAACCAGCCUGUUCUUGAAAGGGCUCUGAAGCGCGUUAAGGAGGUUGUAGGAAGCGUUUCUGGGCGGUUGGAAGCUCGCCUUGUGGACGUUUCGAAUGAGUCUGAAGUCGAGCAGGCUAUUGCUCACCUAGACAGCUGGGGUGGGUUGGAUGUCAUCUUCAACAACGCAGGCAUCAUGCACCCACGCGAUGGUGAUGCGGAAGAGUGUCCGGUCAAUAUCUGGGAUAAGACUUUUGAUAUCAACGUGAAGGGCGUCUGGUACGGCAGCAAGUAUGCUGUGCGAUCGUUGCGCAAGCAUGGUAAGACGAAAGGCAGCAUCAUCAACACCGCUAGUAUGGUUUCCAUCGUGGGAUCAGCGACUCCUCAAGUUGCCUAUACUGCUAGCAAAGGUGCAGUCAUGGCCUUCACCCGAGAGAUGGCCAUUGUCCAUGCUAGAGAGGGCUAUCGCUUCAAUACCAUCUGCCCAGCGCCAUUGAACACCCCCAUGCUUCAGGACUUUUUGGGGGAUGACAAGGCCAAGCGCUUCAGAAGAGAAGUCCAUUUCCCGACAGGCCGCUUCGGCGAGGCUAUUGAACAAGCCCAUGCUGCGGUUUUCCUUGCUAGCGACGAGAGCAGUUUUGUCAACGCGCACGAUCUUGUCGUCGAUGGUGGGUUGACCAAGGCAUACGUGACCCCCGAGGGUCCUGCCACGGAGGCACCUGAGAACCUAGGAAAGGCAUAG